GUUCGCGCUGUCGCUUUAAGGACGGGCGCGGCACCUGAAGCCGCCUGGAGCCGCCACCCGGGAGUCUCUGUGGCUGCGAAGGCGCGGAUCCGACGAGAGGUGGGGCGAGCCGCGCCCCCGAGCGCGAGCCUGAGCCCAGGGUCCCGGGCGCAGUCGGCCAAGCCCGAAGUGGAGGCGGGGGCCCGGGGGUGGUCACCACGGAGUAGAGGGCGAAGCCCAGCUCCGCCUGCCCCUCGGCGCCCCUCAUUAGCGCCCCGCGCCCCGGGUGGCAGAGCCUCUGUGCGGUGAAGACGGCUCCGCACCGGGUCCCGGCGGCUGCGGACCGGACGGACGGCGGCGAGCGAGACCCCUGGAUAAGACCUGGAGUCGGACCUUAGCGCUUCUGGGGGCGCGGAGAGCAGGGCUGGGGGACGGUCGCCACUCCUAACGCCUGGCGCCCCCGCAGACCCGAGAAACAGCUAUUCCCAGGUUUGAGCUGCCCUCAGCCAGCAUGCUUUUACCCUCGCCGGGCUCCCCCGGCUCCCCGCGCGGGGACCACGCCUGACCCUGCGGCGGGAUGACUGCGCCCAAGAUGUGUGACAGGGGCCGCGUGGCCUCCACCCUCCGCUACUGCAUGACGGUCAGCGGCACGGUGGUUCUGGUGGCCGGGACACUCUGCUUCGCCUGGUGGAGUGAAGGAGAUGCAGGUGCCCAGCCCAGCCAGCCAGCCCCGCCCACUGGACGCCCCAAGCCUGAGGCCCCCGGUCCCCUGCUCAGGUCGGUCAGCUUCUUCUGCUGUGGUGCAGGCGGCCUGCUGCUGCUUUUCGGCCUGCUGUGGUCCCUCAAGGCCAGCACCCGGGGGCCGCCUCGAUGGGACCCGUAUCACGUCUCCAGAGACCUGUACUACCUCACUGUGGAGCCCUUGGAGAAGGAGAGCAGCAGGUCCCCAAAGGUGGUUGCCUUCCCCAGUGAUGAGGAGGCCGUGUGCUGCCCACUGGCUGAGGGUCCCCUGAUACCACCUACAUACCCCAUGGAGGAAGACCUGGGUGCCUCUGGGGAUGCCCUGCUUGGGGCCCAGCCCCCCUUGCCUCCACCCAGCUACGACAGCAUCCUCGGUGCUGAUGGCAUCUCUGGAGAGACAACACCUGAGGCUGCAUGCUCCUGCCUGGGACCGGUUCAGUCUGCGGCGGGAGGAAGUUAAAGGCUCCUAGCAGGCCCGGAAGCUGGAAACAAAAACAAUGAUGGGCUUCUUCUAGUGUCUAGUACAGUGUCUGGUACACACCAGGCACUCAGCAAAUAUUUGUUGCUGAAUACUGUUUUAUUUAUCUAUUGCUGUGUAACAAAUAGCUUAAAAUAAUCCAUUUUAUUAUCUCU